UCCUCCAUGCGGCUCUGCUUGCACUGGCAGUGAAGGGAAGAUGGCGGCUGGACCCGGAGCGGCCAGCUCUGGUCACAGCGGUGGCCGCGGUUCGUCUGGCGCGUUAGAGUCAUCGCUGGACCGGCGAUUUCAAGGAGUCACCAAUACGAUGGAGUCCAUCCAGGGAUUGUCCUCGUGGUGCAUCGAGAAUAAGAAACAUCACAGCCUAGUCGUGCGCUGCUGGAUGAAGUGGCUGAAGAGAUCGGAUGCCAGUCACAGGCUGAAUCUCUUCUACGUGGCUAAUGAUGUGAUUCAGAACUGCAAAAGGAAGAACGCUAUCAUUUACCGAACCUCCUUCGCUGACGUGCUGCCAGACGCUGCCCUGCUGGUCAAGGAUGCUAAAGUGUGUAAGUCAGUGGACAGGAUCUUCAGUAUUUGGCAAGAGAGGAACGUUUAUCCUGAGGAGCUGAUCACUGAGCUGAAAACCAGUCUGCAGAAGAAAGAGAAAGAAAAAGAGAAAGAGAAAGAAAAAGAAAAAGAGAAAGUGAAAGAGCAACCCCCUCCUCCUGCCCCAGUCAACCCCAAAACUGCUCUGAAAUCUAAAAUUGUUGCAGAGUUUGUACCACAUGAUUUUGUAGAUCGGUUAAUGUCAUACAAGCACUCUUUAGACGAGAGUGAUUUGAGAGAGAAGCAGUUAACUGCUCUCAGAGUGGACGUCUGCAGCACUGAGGCCCUCAAGAGGUUAAAAGAUAAAGCAGGAGGGAAUAAAUUCUCAAAGGACUUUGAGGAGGGAGGUACAAAGCUGCAGGAAUUUGUGGCAUUCCUGGAGGGCCAGAUGAAGGCAGGACCACCUCUGCUGGAGGCGCUGGGAAACGCAGACAUUUUUUACGAGAUGCAGUACAAGGAGGUCAAAAUUGUUGCCAAUGCUUAUAAAGCUUUUGCCAAUCGCGUGUGUAGCCUGAAGCGGAAGCUGGAUGCUCUAAAGGCCACACUGCCCAGUCUGGAUGACUCUCCCAUCCCGUCGCCAUCUGAGGAUGCCCCGUCCCCCACUGGCUCAGAGUCACCCUUCCAUGGCAUGAUUUCCAGGAAGAAUACGGGCACUGGGGAUGGAAAUGGGGGGAGAGGAUUGGAGCAACAGAAGGACAACAGAGAUAUUGAGGACAUGGACAUGUCUGAGGAAGAGGAAACAACAGCAAAUUCUGGAAUCGUUGUUGAUGAGAGGAAAGAAAAGUCAAGUCUUCCCUCUGUGUCCAAGAUGACAAAUGCCUCAGCGACAAAAGGCUCCCAGAUCACUGCUUCUAAACCAUCCCAGAUUUUAGCAACUCCCACAAAGACUGUGUCUGGGUCAUCAACCAAUCAAACACCUCCUGCAAACACCUCACCCCUGACCACCACACCUGUAGCAGCCCCUGUCGUUAGUCCCUCCCCCCUGCCGGUGAACUUGGCCAAUGUGGAUCUGGGCAAGAUCAGCUCCAUUCUGAGCUCUCUCUCUAAUGCAAUGAAAACCACUGGUGUCAGUCCUGUGUCCCGUCCUUCCCCUGGCACACCUACCACACCAUCCAGCCUCGCCUCCUCCUCCAAAGCCCCUUCUUUAACCCCUGUCAGCAUUCCCUCAUCCAAUCCUCUGGCCAACAUCCUGUCUAAAGUAGAUUUCUCCCCUGAGAGCAUCCUGAAUGUACUCACCAAAACACAGACUCACAGCCCCAAACUGCAGGGUUUGUCAUCUCUCCUUUCAUCAGCUCGUUCAGGCACUCUCACCACUCCAGACCCUGGUCCAUCUUCAUCUGCCUCUACAUCCUCUUCAGCUGGCACCAAAGCUGCAGCAACCUCCACCACAACCACCCCAACAACACCGAAGACCCUAAAGCCCACAGGCAACAGUUUCAAGCAAGAGUCCGAGCAAGAGAAAGGGAAAGAGUGGGAGAAGGUGAAGGAAAGGGAAAAAGUAAAAGAAAGGGAACGAGAAAAAAAGAAGGAGAAAGAGGCAGAAUGUGAAAGUGAGGCUGUGGCAGUGCCCAGCUUGGAGUCUAAGAUCAAUAGUUUCCUUCAGGGCAAUCCUGGUUUCAGCGCUCUUGGACUUGGCCUGGAUGACGGGGGCAGCAAUAGCCCUCUCCUGGUUGGUGGGGAAAACCUGGACGGCACCCCUGUCCGAGAUGAAAGCGGUAGCACACCCACUCAAGAUGAAAUCAUGGACUCACCCCAUGUCCUCAAUGACCCCCAGAGUGCAGGUGUGUCUGGAGGGCAUAACCUUUCACCUACAGCCUAUCACAGUGACCCCUGGGAUGCAGUGAUCACUCCGCGAGAGGCUCUGGGAGAAAAUGAGCGGAAAGACAGAGAUUACCGCACCCCACCACCCUCGAGGCUUGGUGCCUUUAGCCCAAGUGCGACUAAAUCAGUCAAGGCUAUGACCAAAACCAAUGAUGAAGAAGGGCUGAAGAGAAAAGGAGUGGGUUUGAACGUUCCAUCAGCGGCCAUGCUGCAGGAUCAGAGAAUAAAAUCAAAGAUGGACGGAGAGAUAAAGAAAAGUGCAGCCUCUCGCAAGUCAAGUGGAGGAUCUGAAGAUGGGAUGAAAGACAAGGAGAGGAAAGCUUCGGCUGACAAUGGAGACCACUACCAUCGCAUUGAGACUCUUGUUUCUUCAUCCUCCAAUGAGGGAGUUGCAAUCGAAACCCUCGAUUACGGCAACCGCAUUCAGACGGUUGAAAGCAUCCGCUUGGUUGGAAGAGGCCCAAGAAGGGGAAGCAAUGCUAGUUCUAGAGUUGGUGGGGCCUGGUAUGAAGAGGAGGAGUUUAUGGAAUCCCCACCCCCACAUCGCCCUCGUAGUCACGGCCAUGAGAAUUCUGAAGAAUUGGGAUUGGUCCCUUCUCUUCCUCCUCCUCUCCCUGCUCAUCCUCCGCCCCCUUUGCAGUACCCACCUCCACCCUACGCAAAUGAGGACCAUACACGGCCUUCUCAUGGCAUUCCUCAGCACCAUCAUCCCCCUCCUUUUUUCCCCUCUUCUAUGCCUCGUGUCCCACCACCACUUCCACCCAUCCCUCAAACCCCACCCCCUCCUAGAGACCACCUUUCCCCAACCUCAACUGUUAUGGUUGGUGGUGUCCUUGUAUCCAUAGAUCGAGUCCUACCCUACCCACCUGUCAAUCUCCGUCCCGAUGGAACGGGACUUGGAGGUAGCGGUAGUAGUGCCCCUCCAAGAGGCGGCAAACCCCAACUCCCUUCCUUGUUAGGUGAUCCCCCACGGCCAGGCACUGUGAAAGAGCAGUUUGCCUUGCGCCACGCCCCACCUCUUCAUCGCCCUGGCACCCCUGGAGUUCCCCCACCCCUCCUGGGCAGAAUUCGAGAGGGCCCUAGUCCCACACCACCAUCUCCCUCUACCCCAACCACACCUCCAUCCCCAGUAGGUGAACCUCGUACUCACAUGUCCAUACCUAACCGCCUACCCUUCAACUCCCCAAAUAAGAGACCCCGCCGCCCUUCCUCCCCUCUGUCCCUCCUCCACUUACCAAACCAGCAUCAUGCGCUCCGUUCUCCACAGUUUCCCAGAGGUUCCCUGCCCCCCUCCCUUAACCGUGAGCCCCUCCUGCCUGGGACAAAACGUCCCGCUGGCAGUUUCAGCAGUGGGCCUUUCAACCAACCCAAAAGACCAUUCUUGCCCCCUCGAUAUUAGCAUCUUAGAAUGAGUGCUAAAGGCUCUGCACAACCUGAAAUAGGCAGCAAGCUAGCAUCACCUGUGAAUUGCAGCGUGAGACUUAUACUGCAUGUAAAUACACAUGCACUGACAAGCCCUGCCCCAGAGCAGCCAUGUUACAGCACUACUCUUCAUAGACGAAGAUAAGUUUUCAGAUACCCUAGGGAUGAACUAGGAGGAGGAAAAUGUGGAGAUCCAGAAACAUCCAUAUGAAGGAAUGCAAAAGGUGGUUAUCCUGUUCAGUUUGUGUAAUGUAAGAGAGUGCUUGUGGAGGGUGUAUGAGUGUGUAUUAUGGAUGACUAGUGGAUAUGCUGACUAUCUCUUUCCUUCAAGUAAUUUCCUUCACUUUCCCACCCUAUAACACUUGUUUUUCUAUUGUUUCUCAUGUAAAAUACUCUUUUCUGCUGUUUACAGGUUACAGAUAACUGUUUUCUGUCUGUUAACCUCUGUUACUCUCUCACUUCGAGCAUAGAGCCAGUGGAUUUCAACUUUGCUUUAUUUCUGAGUGAUUAAAUUAUUGUUAUAAAAAUAAUGCUGGGCAACCAUGAUUGCUUGUAGUGGUCUUUAAGCUUCAUAAUGCUAAAAUACAGCCACUUUAUCAACCUUCACCAAGAUGUGAAGAUUCUGGCUCACACUACAUACAGUAUAAGCUAACCAAGUGUUCAAGGCAUACGUUUUUGAGUGCUUUUCAAGAGUUCCCUUGCAUCAAUUUUUUUUUUUUUUUUUUUGCUUCCCCCCCCCCCCCUUCAGUUUCAAUAGAUCUUACAUGUAUUCUGAUAAAUAAAAGCAUUGUGAUGAGAAAUAUUAUUGAAAGGAAGGAGACUUUUCUUUACAGGUGGUCUCAUACUUUGUUCAAGAACAAAUGUACCUGAAAUAUUUUCUGCCUUUUUUAUUUUUACUUAACAGCAAUUCUGUUAUCGUGUAAGUCUUAUAACGUAAUGUAAUGUCCAACAUGUUUUCAGAAAUGUGCAGAGCUCAAAUACACAGCUCUGAACAUUAGGUUCAAAUGAACGUUGAAGAAAGAAUUAGUUUGGUUUAAUUAUUUCCAAUUUCCCGUUGUAUCCGAAAUGCCAGUUUUUUGUCUCUAGAAUUUAAAAAUUACGACACUUAGUUUAACCCUUUAUUAUGUACACAUGACUGAAAUCUGUUUGUCUGUGUGUUCAUUACGAGCCACACUUCCAUGCAUUGCAUUUUCAAAAUGUCUCACAUGCAUUGUUCGUAAAACUAAAGCAAAAUAGUACAUCGUUUCACAACAAUGUUGAUGCACUGCUUUUCAACAAAAUGAUGUUUGACAACUUAAAUGUGAAUAUAACCUGUACAUUGUUGGAGUUUUCAUCCAUUGUGGAAGAAAAAAAGUUGUAAUCUUUUUUUUUUCUUUUUUUUUUUUUGCUGAAAAGUUGAAUAUUUGAGGGCAUGUUUUAGUGUCUUCUUUUGGACAACAUUUGAAUUCAUUGUAGAGUGUUUUCCUCGAGGAGCAUUUCAGAGAACCCACAGGCUUAUUUUAAAAUAUUUGUAAUCGCAGCUUUGUUGCACAUCAGCAUGCUAUGUACAAACAGAAUGCAAUUUAUUAAGAAUCUGCCAAA